CAGUUUAUCAACUAUCAGAGAAAUGGUGAAUAUCUCUUCAACCGCUGGUCUUCUCGGCGUGGUCAUUAUCGCACGUCACGGGGAUCGAUUGGGUUACUACCAGGAUCCCUGUACAUACAAUGCUACACAGUCACGGAUUACACCCCUGGGAUCGGUGCAGGAAUUCGAACUUGGAUCUUUCUUAAGGUUACAGUACCUUACUCCAGAAUCGCCAUCUUUUAUCGAAGGUAUCAGCUCAGACCUUGUCGACGUGAACCAAGUGCUCGUACGCGCCGACUCCGGAGGAGAAAAUGUAGUUCUUAAUUCUGCAUACAGUCUUCUCCAAGGCCUUUAUCCAGCGACCACAGAGUCAAGUAUCACUUUAUCUAAUGGGAAACUGGUUACAGGACCUUUGGGUGGGUACCAAUACGUGCCUGUGGAAUCCGUAGAUGUGAAUGAGAUUCCCUCGUUAACAAGUUGGCAGUUGUGCCCGUACUUUCAAACACACUUGAAUCGCACAUAUACCUCGACUGCCUUUUUGCAAAAGGCUCAGGAAGCGGCUCCAUUCCUAGAAGCCGUGAAGCCUUACAUAGGUAAUAUUAGUAAUAACUUCACGAACAUGUGGAACAUCUUCGACUACGUGAAUGUCCAGUCGAUUCAUAACAAGACUUAUGCCGAGGAACUUCCUCCCACGUUUGCAGCUCAGGCCUAUGAUUAUGCGAACUUUCAUGAAUACAACGUUUUCACCGACUAUGUUUCAAUCGGUGUUGGAGAGAUUGGUGUUCGGACGCUCCUUCCCUCGAUAUUCUCCGACUUUGGUAAUAUCACCGAGAAAUCAAACCCACUGAAGUUGGUGUUGACCGAGGUCGACUAUCAACCUUUCAUUAGUCUAUUCAACGUGACAAAUGCUACAUUGACUGAUCCUGACAUCGCUGGAAUCGUGGACUAUGCUGCAGUCGUGGCCCUCGAACUUUCGGAAAACUCUGAUGGCCAGCCGUCCAUUAGCAUGAAAUUUAAGAAUGGUACCAAUGAUCAGGAUUUCCGACAGCUUACAAUGUGGGGAAACACCAGCGUCCUCGUGGAAGACUUCGUGAGCCAACUCGCGUCCACCACCAUAAACACCACCCAAGAAUGGUGUUUCUCCUGCAAUCAGACUAUUUUGCGGGGCUGCUCCAUUUACAACUUUAGCACCGAUCCGUUCCUUAAUCCGGGCCCGCCAUCCAAACCUGGAAAAUAAGGAACGAAGGAAGGAUAUCCCUGUGGUCAUUACAGUCUUGCUAAUAUAAUAGAGUUUGACAUUGUUCU